AUGCAAAGCAGACUUGUCAUUCUCAUGGGAUGCGUGUUUGUCUUGUUACUGCAUGAUAAUGAAGCUGCCAGAGUUUGCACAGCAAAUGAUGUACAUGUACUUUCCCUGUAUAAAGACAUCGAAGCGGUAAUUGCACCUUGGAAAAAAAUCCGACCUGUUCUGAACCCCACAGACAUUGUGAACAUCAAAUUGGGCUUCACUAUUACUGGCAUUCUUGGAGUGAAUGAAAAAGACGGGUUAUUGACAAUAUUCAUUAUAAAAACACUGGACUGGUUUCUGCCAUUUCUAAGUUGGAAUACAUCUUGUGGGGCUCAAACGAUCUCUUACCCAGUGUCUGAUCUAUGGUUGCCUGAUAUAGAGAUAAACGAAUUUAUGGAAGAAGACAAGAGUCCUCAAUCACUGUACCUUCUGCUUAAUUACACCGGGGGAGUUCAUGUUGUUGAACGAAAGAGAGUUGUCAGCUCUUGCAAAAUGAACAUUUACAAGUUUCCCUUUGACACCCAGAACUGCACGCUAACGUUUUCUUCCGUAAUACAUGAAGGAAAUGAAUUGAAGCUGUAUUCUAAAUCCAAUGAAUAUAUUUUGAGGUCAUCCACUGAAUUAAUGAAAGCUAAUGUGGGAUGGAAAUUAAUGUAUGUGACACAGAAGUCUUCGGUUUAUAACCUGACCAGCAAAAGGUCUUACUCUGCAAUGGUGUACAACAUAAUUCUGAAACGUGAGCCUAGUCUGUAUGUGGUGAACCUUCUGGUUCCUAGCUGCUUCCUCAGCAUGUUGGACCUGUUCAGCUUCUACAUGCCUGCUGAGAGCGUUGAUCGGUCAGCUUUCAAAAUGACCCUCAUCCUGGGUUACACCGUCUUCCUGCUCAUCACUAAUGACCUCCUGCCUGAUAAUUCGGCAGAACCACCUCUUAUAAAUGUAUGUUUCUCUCUGAGCUUGGCACUGAUGGUGGCCAGCCUUUUGGAGACAAUGUUCAUUGUUAACCUCAGUAACAGGAACAGCUCUAACUAUCACCGCAAAGUGCCUCGAUGGCUCAACCGAUUGGUUUUGCACUACCUAGCACGCUUCCUGUUCAUGUCCCAUUAUUGUACUCCAGCAACUUUGACCUUUAAACAAGACGAAAAAGCAUCAGCUUUCUAUCUGGAGAAUACGCUUUACCGGUCAGAAAAAGCAAUGGCGGCUGCUGAGGCUGAACAAACAGAGCUGACGAAGGAAGCCGCUGUGGUGGAUGAGCUAAAGAAACUUUUCAGAGAAUUGGUAGCCAUUCGUCAGAAGGUAGAAAUACACCUGAGUCCUAUCAAGGAUGUAGAUGAAUGGAAGAUAAUCGCAAAAGUCAUUGAUCGGCUCCUGUUUGUGUUUUAUGUCAUUUUUGUGAUCGUGAGCUACGUCACCAUAAUAACGCUUUGGGUCGUUGCUUAA